AUGAUGCGCGAGCGCCUUAGCGUCGUCACCCAGGCUUGGUUUGCCCAGCGCGAGUUUACCGAUACGGAGAUCCUGCGCCGCUUCCAGGAGAGCCUAGCGGAGGAGAAGGAGCGCGGUCUGCUGACCGAGGAGGAAAGUCGCGACCAGUACCUCGGCAUGAGUCUGAGAGAGCUGGUGCGUGAGUUCAGGUGGCAGACAUUGGUAUUGUUCAAGUGCUGUUUGUUGCAACCAAAGAUGUUGUUUUUCGGAUCGCGAUGCGAACGGUUAUGCAUGAUGCAGUUUUCUCUUAUAUCUCUGAUACCCGGUCUUAUUCGUAAUCUCAUUGACUGCGCUGAUCCGGAGCUGAACAAUUAUGAGAAGAAGCUUACAAGGCCCACGAGCCUGCGGACAAGCGACCGCAACUCGUUGCUCACCUACAUGGGUCUGCCGCUUCAAAUAUUCGGCAAGGGUAGCUUGUUCGGCCCUUAUACGCCCCUCCAGCAGCUCGACAUCCUCGCCGACUUCGGUACCAAGUCGUACAUCGUCGGUAGCACAAAUUCCCUGCUCCUUCAGCAAAAGGAUCGCUACAGCGACAUCCUAAUCAACCUUGACGAGCACACCGUCAACGUUACCUCCACAUCCCUCCGCAACGCCCUUACCCUCUCUGCGGCCGACCGCCGCUGGAUCGACUAUCUUACUCAAGAGGUCAACGACACCUGGGACGACGCCAACCCUGGGCGUCCAAAGACGAUGGGCUACGUCGGCAGUGAGGAGUUUAUCCGCCUCCAGUUCGAGGAGUACAUCCUCUCGCUGGUCUCCUCGGUCAAGUACCACAGCCAUCUGCUCGCGAACCCGAAUAACCCCCGCGCCCUCCUCCCGCACAUUGAGGGUGACCCCUCGCUCGACUUCGGCAGCGACUUCAUCGAGGCCUGGAUCCGCACCGAGAAUCACCGCAUCUGGAACGGCAACACUGACUCCCACCUUUUCGAUGUCGUCGAGCCGCGGCACCCCUGCGCCGGUGGACUCACCAUGGACGACGUGCAGAGGCGUAUCGCCCAGCAGGUCCAGGACAUGCAUCUCGACGAGCGGUUCGCUGUCGGCCGUGAGGUGCUGGGGCGCAAUUUUGCCGCCGGCAAGGAGAAGGCCUCAACCAUGUUCAACAAGUUCUACGCCGACAUGGAGGCGUUCCGCGAGGCACAGCGCAAGAAGGCAGAGGAGCAGCGCAUCGCGCAGGAAGCUGCAGCAGCACAGGCCGAGAAGACCGGCGGUUCGGCAGCGGCAUCAGCUGCGGCGGCAGGUGUCGCGGCGGAGGCGAACAAGACGCAGACGAGUGCCCAGUCCACAGGUAAUAAGGCCAGCGCGUAUGUGAGUUCCUGGGUGACGUGGGCGGGCGAGAAGCGCAAGGCCGGAUGGGGCGGCGGCAGCACCAGCACCAGCACCAACAGUAAUAGCCCAAGCACGAACAACGGCGGCGGCGGAGGAUACGGAGGUUGGGGCCGUGGAUGGGGCAAGUCCAAGACGGACGUCAGCAAGUCGGGCGGAAGCGAGAAGGAGUCGAGGCUAUCCAGCUCCUCGACAGGCACGGAUGCUGACGACAAGAAGGCUCGACAGUAUUCGGAUAAGAACAGCGGCAACAACCAUGACUUUCGCCCACUGACACAAGACUCGUAUGCUGAGUCCUUGUUCUCGGCGGGCACGGUUGACUCGGCGCCCAACAGCCCCACGGCGGAGCGCCGGCCGCAGUCCAAGGAUGGUUCUGGUCCUCCUGCUGCUGCCCCUACUCCUACAGCAGCCACGCCUACUCCCACUGCGGCCGUGGCUUCCGCCCCCGCCCCCGCCCCCGCCCCCGGCGUCAACGGCGGAGAAAGCACCGUCAAGCCAGUUACACCCGAACCUGAAAAAGAGGCCGCGACCCCUACGACGACCAUCAGCAAAGACAAACCGGAAGAGAAACACGAGACAUCAGACGAAGAGGACGUAGAACCCGUCCAGGACACGAAAGCAAUUACAGAAGCAGCCGAGGCAGCAAAGGCAUGGGGAAGCGAAGGCAUCUGA